AUGUCGAUACUCGAGAGACAAGAUCACCCGAACGUAGUUGCCAACAAUUCGGGACAUGGUAGCCAAUACAUAUCUGAAGGCCUUGGAGACCAGAAUGCGGUGUAUGGUGGUAUGAUGGUUAAUCAGCACUUCAACUAUGUAAACAUAUUCAAGUGGUUAACGACCCAACCAAAUCAAGUUCCACUCGAUUUCACUCCGUAUCAACACAAUCUCAUCAUUCAGCUGUCUAAGGGUACCGGCAAGUGGAUUCUCAACUCUGAGGAGUUUCUCGAGUGGAAAGAAGUCUCCAACUCGUCCCGAAUUCUAUGGAUGCAAGGCAUACUUGGAUCUGGUAAAACUAUACUCCUGUCGCUUAUCGUUGAUUCUAUCGAAAAACAGAUCCAAAACCAAGAUGAAACUGCUUGCAUUUACUUCUUUUUUCAAGCGGAGAAGCACGCUGUCCCACUCAAGCGUAUCUGGGCGACGUUGCUGACCCAGCUCUUGAGCGCAAAUUCGAGCAACAUAGCAAGUGAUCUGAAGAAGAAAUUCACGGAUCCGUUCAAAAGAUUAGCCGCACUUAAUCCAUCGGAAUAUUUCGAUCUCUUCAAGGCACAGGCAGCUACCUUCAAAACAGUUUAUCUUGUCAUCGAUGCCCUGGAUAGCUGCCAGAACGCUCCCCGAGAAGCGACGCUAAAGAGGUUCCAAAAAGCUCUCGUGGAUCUCCCAGAUAAUGUUCGUAUUCUUUUCACAUCUAGAGACAAUUAUAUAGGAAAAGACAUCGGAGCGCAUCGAGAGUUAUCCAUCACACCAAGAGAGGCAGAUGUGUCGGCCUAUGUCAAGAAUCGAAUUGCGGAUGAUACACGCUUACGAAGCGUACUGUCUAAGGCUGAACACCAAGACGAGAUUAUAAGAGGUGUUACAACGAGGGCCAUGUCUAGCAAGAUGUUUUUGUCAGCCAAACUUUACAUGGAUCAUUUGAGCAAGCAAGGAACCACCCUUUUUGAGAUAAUGCAGGCUUUGGAGCAUCUCCCCGACAGCGCAUUGGGAGCAUUUAAAGCAUUAACGAAGCAAAUUGCUCAGAGGUUAAAGAUAAACAGGGGCAGCGGUGAACUCCUUUUAACAAAACAUAUCCUCCUCUGGGUCUCACAUGCCAAAGUCGAUAUGAAUAUUGAACAGAUCCGGGAUAGCUUCGCUAUCCACAAGAGCGAGGGGGGCUGCUAUGAGGACCAUCGUCCUGCCAAAGAGCUAGUGAUGCGCGCUUGCACAGGAUUGGUCAAAACUGAAAAGGGGACGUUUGGCUUAGUCCAUAAGUCAGUUAAGAAGCACCUUCUCCAGUUUGAAAUUAUAUCCAACGAUGCCGACCUGGAGAUAGGCAAAACGUGCUUAUACUUUCUGAUCAAUGCGUGCAAGGAAAAGGAGAACUCUCCACUGCUACAAUAUGCCGCCAAAUGUUGGUGGGCACACCUCAACAGUAAAGAUCAGGUGUUCGACAAGAAGACAGACUCACUGGUUCUGAGCCUCCUCGAAGAUGGGCCCAACCUCACCAGAGCCUUUGAUGCAAUGGAGGAGGUGGAAGGCGGUGCAUUUAACGGCAUGACAGGCUGGCACGCCGCCGUACAUUUCGACCUUCUGUCGUGGGCCGAGCGUCUUCCGCCCAAUAUCGAUGUCGACGCUCAAUGUUCAGAUGGCCAGACGGCUUUGCACUGGGCAGUUCGAUACGGUCGACGAAAAUUUGUGGAACUUUUGAUCCGCAAAUCGGCAAACUUAAACUUAUGUGAUCAGGCUGGCGAUACACCCCUCCAUAAAGGCCUCGUGGGGCCAACUGCGGACAAUGUGGCAAUAGUUAAGGCGCUCAUAAAGUCCGGUGCGCGGCUGGAUAUCCGAAACGGAAAGGGUGUGUCACCCCUAGAAACCGUCAUCCAAUACGGGCCUCCAUCGAUUGCUAAGCUGAUGAUUGAGAGCAAAGAGGAUAUCAACGCUGAGAUAUUUGAAGACUGGACGUUGUUGAGAUACGUUUUUGAGAUCUCUGGUGUAGUAGACCAAGGGAGCCUGGAGACCAAACAUGGAGAAUGGGAUCAGCUACAGGUUGCAGUCACACACCAUUUCCAAUCCCUUACCGAACUGCUAUUUGAGCUCGGCGUUGACCUUAAUCGCCCUUCCACUAAAGAUGGAUGGACUCCCCUCGUAUUCGCAGCCAGCAAGAAGAACAUCUCCCUGAUGCGGCGGCUACUGAAUCGAGAGCCUAACCCUGCUCGAGUCGACAUGCAGGAUCGAGAGAAGAAAACUUCUCUUUGGUGGGCCACACAUCACGGAAUGACCGAUGCGGUUCAGCUACUAGUUAAACACGGUGCCAAUGUGAGCGAGGCUUGUGGUGAUGGCUCGACUCCGUUGCAUGAGGCAGUCAAGAAGAAAAACAGCAGGCUGGUGCAGCUAUUUGCCAGCCUCGGGGCGAACGUGAACACAAAAGUGCCAAAAACGUCAACCUUGUUGAUUGAGGCUAUCAGGCUGCAAGAUCAUGACACAGUCUGGGUGCUGCUGAACGCGGGGGCAAAGCCAAACGAGCAGGACCUCAACGGCAAGUCAGCACUCUUUUACGCUAUUGAGAGGCAAGACAACAACCUCGUAUGGCUCUUAAUCAAUAAAGGUGCUUCCGUCACAGCCCCGAGCCUCGCCAAGAAAGCCGGCGGCAAGAAUAUGGGCAUGUAUAUGCAGCCGCCCCUCGAACAAGCACUAAGACGAAAGAACAAUUCAGCCGCAUGGCUGCUUUGUGAACAUGGAGCCUCCCCAGGCGCUGUUAUUGAUGAGACGGGUAGAACGUUACUGCAUUUGGCGGCAUACAGCGGAGAUCUUGAAGCUGCUCGUCUCCUUAUUCAGCGUGGCGCUAGCAUUGUUGUCCAAGGGGAGGGUGGGCUAACACCGUUACAUUAUGCUGUUUUGCUGGGUAGGGAAGAUAUUGUCACCCUACUAAGCUCCCACAUUGCAGAAGCGUCAUCCUUCGAUGUCACUGAUGCUUAUGGCAAUACGGCCCUUUCUCUGGCCACACUGAAACGGAAUCCAGCCAUAAUAGAGAUCCUAGUCCGUCGCGGAGCCUCUUGCAAGGCAGCUGGCUCGAAAGGCCUGACACCACUACAUCACGCCGCUCGUCUGGGAUUUGGAAUAGGGCUUCGCCUGUUAUUAGAUGGCGGGGGUGAUGCAAACUCGGUUGACGACAAUUCCUUCACGCCAAUCCACCACGUUGUCAAUGGCUAUUCCGACCAGAGCUUAAUAAACAUGUUAGCAGAGGCUGGCGCUAAUCUGAACCUGAAAGACAGGAGUGGUCGAACGCCACUAAUGCUGGCUGCUCAGCUGGGUAAACAUGAGCUGGUAGUUUGUCUCCUUGAUGCUGGAGCUGGUGCUGGAGUGGUCGAUGCAGGUGGAUAUACGGCAUAUCACUAUGGAGAGAAUUAUCCUGACAUCCAAGAACUGCUCAGAACACGUGGAGGAAGACACAUGUAG